AUUCUGGUAAGGCUGAAAGCAACCUUAUACAUAAUUACGUCCCCGCCGUCGUCACUACGUACUCGCGACAGUUAAGUGGCGUGCGUAAAUGUUUCUGAAGAUCUUAGGGAUAUUCUCCUCCGCAACACCUCACCUCGCCUCAUAUCCCUGCAAACUCGACUCUUGAAGCUCGCUAGGAAUACAGCCAGGCACCCACGCUCAUCGCAUUUACUUGCCUACAGGCUCAUCGCUGAAGCCUAGCUCCUCCACCUUACAAAAGCUUCGACAUCACAGAAUACAAUACACUUCGCAACACAUACACAAAUAUGGCCGACGUGGAUAUGACUGAUGCACCUGCAUCGGCGGCGCCCACCAAAGUCAAGUCAUCAAAGUCCGGUGCCAGCGGAGAAGGAGCUGCGGAUGGCAAGAAGCGUUUCGAGGUCAAGAAGUGGAAUGCCGUUGCGCUAUGGGCCUGGGAUAUUGUCGUCGAUAAUUGUGCGAUUUGCCGCAACCACAUCAUGGAUCUGUGCAUCGAAUGCCAGGCCAAUCAAGCUUCGGCUACCAGUGAAGAAUGCACAGUCGCCUGGGGAAUCUGUAACCACGCGUUCCACUUCCAUUGCAUCUCACGUUGGCUUAAGACCCGUCAAGUAUGUCCGCUGGAUAACAGAGACUGGGAGUUUCAAAAAUACGGAAGGUAGAGAAUCUGGGUCUGGAUAUGGUUACGACCAUGAUACUGAAGCCAACAACGGACUCUGGGAGCUGUCCGACUGUUGAGCCUGACAUGGUCGACUGAAGCUCAUGCAUGGCUUUAUGGCGUUAAACAGGCAAGUGGAAUGGCGGUAUGGCGGUAUGGCGGUAUGGCGGGUGACAAGGACAUCAUGGAGCACCACAAGAUGCCACCAACACAACAGAGGAGAUGUGCAAAUAGUACUUCAGCGUAUUUUACGCUGCUCUUGAACCAAAGUAUCGUCUUAAAUAGCCGUGCUCCCAAUUUCUCUCAG